UAGAAGUUAAUGUGCAUCUAGCGCCACCUGGCUCUCUUUUCUCUCAAUCUUUUCCACUUUCCCGCAAAAGCCAAACAGCCCCGUCGAUUCCGAGGCUAUUCCCGUUCGACGAUGAACCGAGUCAGCGCACUACAGCAAGUCCCAAACGACGAACCGGAGAAGACCCCUCAGAAAGAAGACGACGUACCUAACGAAGAACAACAACGAGAAGAAGAAGAACACAAAGGAGAUUACUUGGAUGUCCGUUCCCGCCCCUUCUUAAUGAAGAUCUUGCGGAAACAAGGUGACAGCCAAGUAUUGUUUGCGGAUAAAGUUUUGAAAUUCACAACGUCAGGCAAGAUGAAACGACGGAUUCUAAUAAUCACUGAUUUUGCGGUUUAUCUUAUUGAUCCUUUAACCGGUGGGCUUAAACGGCGGAUCGCUUUGGCCGCCGUGGAUAAGCUGUGUUUGAGCGAAUUACACGAUAACUUCUUCUCCGUUGUCAUCCCUACCGAGUAUGAUUUACUAAUGGCUAGCACUCGCAAAGCUGAAAUUGCUACCCUUUUAUAUGAAGCUAUCAAAGCCAGUGCUCAAUAUGAACUCGAGGUUUCUUUUCCAAUUGUUUCGAAUAUAACGCUACUGCUGAUAUGAUCAAGGAAGUUCUGUUCGAGGAAGUUGAAGGGGGUGUUAGAACAAGAAUUGUGACAAAAAAGGCGUGAGUUGCAGAACUCAAAAUUUUUAUCGGCGGGUGAAUACGCACUCUUGGUCGGUCUUUUUGAGUAAGGUUCUGCUUAGCUUGGAGACUAACCCUGAAAACAUGUAACCUUAUUCAUUUUUACACAUUAAUAUAUUGUUGAACACUAAAGCUCUGGAGCUGAUUUCUUUGGUU